UGUUUACGCUUCUGGCAUACAGUUCGUGAGCAGCUCCAGGCACUCCAACACCAUCGAUUCAAUUCAAAGUUGAUAUUGAAUAGGACUGGAAAAAAAAAAUUUAAGGGUUGGGUUUAUUGAAUAGUGCGACGAGAUUGUCGUAAAGAGUGAGGAUUAUGAGUACGUGUAGUGUAACAACGUUACGAACAUUUAACGGUGACAGUAAUAUGGAAGUUAUUGGCAUUCAUGGACAUCAGGAGAAUGGUCCUGGUGAAAUUAAUCAAGUACGCGAUGCGAAGGGCGUUGAGACGAACCCGACGCCGCAGGCACCAAUGGAGGUGGCGAGUGAAGCGCCCUCUGGGGAAAAUGGCGCCGUGUCCAAAGACAGGCUGGCAAACUCCAAGGGGCGAAAAGACAAUGGAAAAGGUAAAAAAUCAAAUUGUGGUAAACUGAAGAACACCGUUGGCGACCAGGAGGUGCAGCCCUCCGAGGACAAUCCCGACGUCUCCUGCAAGAAGCGCAAGACCCGUCGAGGGAAGCCGAAGCACAGGAAGUUAAAGGCAUAUGCGAAGCAACCGGCGUUCGAGCGCCAACGACGUCGGUCAAUGGGUCGUCAGAUGAAGAAAUCAGCCCAACCACCGGCCCCCUACAACACGACGCAAUUUCUGAUGGAGGAUCACAGCGAUCUUCCCGAUCUUGAGGAGAAACUGGCAAAGACUUCGACGAAUCCAGAGAUGGCGGUGGCCUUUCAGAAGCCUGGAGGUCUCCCCAGAACGAGGGACUCAAGCUUCAGCAUCGACUCCGAUGAGGAUUACUUUUAUUCAUCACCUGAGGACGAGGAGGAAUUCCUUACGAAGGAAUUCUCCAGUGCUUAUGAGGAUCUUCAUGCUGAGAGAUUGAGUGCCUUGACGAAAUCAGACUUGAUCCAGGAAUAUGUCCAGCUCGAGGCGAAACUCGAUUCGUUGAUGAAGAGGCUGAGAUCGAAAAGUCUCCAAGCUGAUGAGAUCGAUGGAAGAAAUGAUGGGGAAAUGGCGAAAAAGGUCAAGGUCUAUCAGCAGAGAAUCGACGAUUUGGUGCAGCAGAAUGAACAGCUCAGGCGGGAAAAUGAGAGCCUCAGGGGCAAAGAGGAUAGCUCGGAGUCUAGUGUUGACAGUGAAAGCGAUAGUGACAGCAGCAGCAGCAGUAGCAGCUCUGGACAUAGAGAGGGCAGCUGUGAUGAGGGGAAUUUUUCACCCGAGGUCAGGAGGCACAAUGGCGAGGCCAGGACCAAUGGCAGGGGGACGCAUGAUGACAGCAGGGAGAGAAGUCUUGACAGCCAACAGGAUAGCGUUAAUGGCUCUGCUACCAGUCAAGAAAUUGAUGGACUUCCUACUUAGGGACUCGGAGCGUCUUUCGGACACUCGCUCGUCUGCUAAUAUGUGUGAUCCAAUAUAUAUUGACCAAAAAUCGGUGGAGGAGGGGGAUGAUAAUUUUGGGAGGUUUUUUGUCGGGGGGAGGGGGUCUUAACCCUUGGACUUGAAAAGUUGAAAUUAAUGCACAGCUAUUGACUGUGAGUGGAAAAUUCUCGGGGAAUUUGGGACGACUUUUUCGGGAGAGAAAUCUUUUGACGGCUUCGGUUUGCGGAGACUUCGGGUUUUUUGAAAUUUCGGUUUGAAAUUAACUGCAAAAUUGCGAAUUGGAAGUAGUUUUCAGGAACAUUUUAUGGUUGUUAUUUAUUUGGGAGAUUUUUUUAAUGAGUUUUGAAAGAUCGGGAACAAUUAGAUGAAAAUAUUUGUCUCUGACCAUUAAGUUGGAAUGUAAUUCAAAGUCUAAAAUUCAGAAAAAUUUUGUUUUAGAAAAAGAUGAUCAAUUGUUCCAGACAGAAUUAAAUUUUCCAACCAAAAUAACUUAGGAAUUUUCGAGUAUCUUUUUUUAUGUUUUAAAAAAAUCUACAACUCCCAUCUGUCUUCUAGAGACUUUCUCAAGUAUUUUGCAUGUAUUUUGAAAACCAAAGCAGUCAAGAAGAAAUUUCACAAAUUUUCCUUCUCUGGAAUUGAAUGUUGGCCUCAGAUAUUCACAAAAUUAUAACAAAUGAAGAAUGAUAUGUAUUAUUAUAGAAUAUGUGGGACUAUUCAAUCCAUGGAACCGAAAAUCUUUCAAGGAAAUUCGAUUGUCCCUAAAAAUCUAUAUUCCUCCUUCUUUCGGGAAUAUCGAAGAAUCAAUCAUUUAGGAUUCCAUCACUAAAAAAAUUAAACAUUGGAUCAGUCCUGCAACUAUCUCAUUAAUAGUGAAACCCCCAAAAAUUUCAGUUUUGAAACUAACAAAAAAUAAACAUUUUUUUCUUCUUUUUCACAUUUGUUUCACCAAUUCUGUUCAUCAAUGAGAUAAUUCCAUAAUGACCUCGCAGCAAAUCAUCGAAUGUCACUGUUAAAUGGUCAUCCCCUCCCCUUCAUCCCCCUCACCGUCAACAUUUACGCUUCAUCGGACUCUUGACUUUCAGUAAAUCUAAAUUAUUAUUUUUUUUGUAAAUUCGUUACAAACGAUUUUUCGCUUACGUUGAAGGAAUAAAAACUACAAAUUCAUGAGAUAAUUAUAUUCUCGCUCCGUAGCUAAUAAAAAAAAUUCCACAAUAAUUAUUGUUAACAGCACAAAAACAUUAAUUUUCGGGUGAAAUAGAUAAUCUUAAUGAUCGGAAUAUAAAAUAGUGGGGGAAAAAACCAGACCAUCAACUAACGAAGCGAGAUUUAAAGUUCAUCACAUCAUUGAUCGAUUAAAAUUUUCAUAAUCAUUGAAUUGACAAAUUCUAAAUAUAGAUUAUUAAAUGCAGCGCAUUUAAAGAGAGUAUUAUUGCCACACAAAUGUCAUGUGAAAUUACAAAGAAUGAUGUGAAUUACGUGUGGCAUAAAGACAUUUAUAUAGGAUGAAAGAAAAUUUUUUUCUCUAUUGUACAAUUGUAUAGAAAAAUUUUGUAGUAAUAAGGCGAUUUAAUAUUCGAGAGAUAUGUUAGUUUAUGGUCUGAAAUUAUUUCUAGUUCUUUUUGCCAAUUUUUGAGUUAUUCAGACAGUGAGAACGACUCGUUGACGAAUAGUAAUUGAAUUUUUUUUUUGCUUCAAUUACAGUUAUGAUCUUGAAUGUUUAAUUAUGCGUAUAGUGAAGGAAAUAUUUCAAUGAAUCUCAUCGAGGCUGACUACUCCCCAGUGAUGCAACACAGGAUAUAAUUUUUUUUUUCGAUGUUUAUUUAUUUUUUAAAGUCUGGUUUAAGUUUAUUUAUCGUGGGCUCAGUGCAAGCAUUUAAUGUUUGCGUAUUCUGAGUGGAUAUGAGUGUUUUUUGUCGUGCGAGAGCCUCAGCUGAUUGUGUAAUGGAAAAAGAGAAAAUAAUAGGCGAAUUGGGGACUAUUAUAAGAAUUUUUUCCAAGGAAAUCUUCUGAUGAGUGUUUGUAAUGCUAGAUUAUCUCGAUAUUGAGAGGGUUUAGAGGAAAUUCUGAAAGGAAAGUUUUUGUCGAGAAUUUUGUUAACUACGGAAAAGGUCUUUUGGGAUUUUACCGUAAGGUCAAGCCCUCUCGACAUAAGUGCGCAGUUUCAGGGGCAGAUUUUGCGUUCUAUCGCAGACUCCCUAUUAUUGCAUGGAAGUGUCUGAAACUUUUGAUGAUAUUAAAAAAUGUCAUAAGAUCUUUUUUAUAAAUUGUAACAUUUUAGAAGAACAAAGUUUUUGGAAAUUUCUUUGUAAACCUAAUUGUUGUCGAGAUAUUUGAAAUUUUAUACGGCUAAUCGCAUUCAUUUUUUUUAACUUGAAAUAUUUUCUGCGCUGCAAUGAAAUAUGAAAUAUUUAAACCCUAUUUCAACGACUCGUUUAUCACUACUACUCUCUCGCUUUAUCAAUUGAAUAUCUCGGUCUUGUUAAUUUUACUGUGUACAACGUAAAUUGACCCCUCGUACUAAUGCUCGAUUUUAUUUGCUGCAAAAUUCCUGAAUUUUUGACUCGAGUUUUCAGUAAUAAAUAAAGAAAAGAAUCAUAAAAUUGGAUAAAUAUGCGUUCUAUUACAGAUCAAACUCGGUGAAUGGAAUAAGUUAUAAUGACAAAUUGUUAAUUGAAUGGAUGAUGAAUGUACCACUUAAGUGAAAACUUCAGGAAAUUUAUGAAUAAAAUGAUAAUUGAAAA